AUGGUCGAGGACCAGGACCAGAACCCCGGGGGCACGGCCGCCACGAUAGACCGGAGGAAGGCUGCGAAUCGUCAGGCACGAUCAUGCCGCGUAUGUCGUCUACGCAAAGUCAAGUGCGACCGUGUUAAGCCGUGCCACGCGUGUUGUGCACAUGGCCACCCCUCAAAAUGCGUCUACGAUAAUCCUCUCGACGAGGAUGAACUCCAGCCCAUCAGUCAGUCUGACGAGAUCCGAAAUCUGAGGACCGAGAUCUCAGAGCUGCGCAGUCGGAUUAACAGUCAAGGAAAUCGCGCCCAGGGACACAGGCGGCUGGCCGAAUUGGAACGUGUCUUCGAAUCGAUCCGCUCUGCGCCGUUGGACGUGGUCAACAGUAUCAUCUGGCAGAUCCGAGCUUCACGCAGUAGUGCAGAUGGACCGGCUUUAUUACCGAGACCCGCCGAUGAAGCUACAGUUUACCCCGAAGCCAACCCGGAAGAUGCCAGCAUAGUUACAGAUGGGCCCCCAUCGAUUCCACCAAGGAAUUUCCCCGUACGGAGCCGGACGCCUUCUGCAGAUAGCAUUGUCGAUGAGUUCACCGAUGACGGCUAUGGAACCAGUGGUGGUUUCGGAGCGUCUGUCGGGACAUCUGAAUCGCAGUUUGGCGAUGAGGAGCAGUAUGUCUGCGGGCCCGUGUCCCGAUUUGCGCCUCAGUCACCAGCGCUCGACGUCUUCCUUCAGCGAUUUGUCGAUGCUUUCAGUCCAGAGGUAGAUCUCAGUUCCGGCCGUGCUGGGGCGAUCAGAGCCGGUGCCGAGAUCCGGAUGUUUUCUCCCAUGAUCUCCAAUGCCUUCGAAGCCGUCUCCACUACCUUCUUUGGCCGGUCUAUUCAAGACCCACGCAUUGAGGCUUCAGGGUUGAAGCUGUACCCCAAAGUAUUGCGCUCAUUGCAGCAAGCACUGCUGGACCCUGAACGGAGCCGAUCCGAGGCGACCUUGGUCACUGUGACGCUUCUUAUGGCAUUUGAGAGUAUUGAGCGGACCACUCAAGGUUCAAUCGCUGCCCACGCCAUGGGAGCGAUGCAGCUAUUUCGGCACCGAGGCGCUGAGAACCAUAUAUAUGGCGUCGAGCACCUUCUCUUCACCGAGUUGCGACCAUAUUGGGUUGGAGCUGCGCUUGUGAAUCGACGGCCUUCGUUUUUCGCAGAAGAGGCGUGGAAGACGAUUCCAUGGUCGGCCGGCACAACCGUCAAGGAUAUUCUGCACUAUCUCCUGGAUAUUGUGGUAGACAUCCCGGCCGUGUUAGCACAGUACGAUGACCUGGAGGCAUCACAGAGCUCUGGCGUACUGGGUAACGGAGAAUUGGUUGCCAAACAGACAAAGCUCUGGAACGGCGUUACAGAUCUCACGCAGCGAUUUCUCCAGUGGAAAAAGGAUUGGGUAGACAAUUACCCAGCGGGAUCACCAAAGGAGGUGGAUUCUCAGGGCGAUGACUCCUUUCCGGUCUUCCGCUGUCGCGACUUGCGCACCAUGAAGAUCAUCACACCAAAGACGCUUGUAUACCCGGACCUCCGACUGGCACAGACCAUGUGUGUAUACUAUGCGACUCGCCUGAUUCUGUCCUCGGUUGAUACUCGACCGACCGGCCGGGUGACGCCCGCUGAGCAAUAUACUCUAGCUUGCAACAUCUGUCGCAGUAUGGAGUGCUAUCUGCGGCAAGCCCCGGGCAAUAUGAUCAAUCGAUUAGCACUUCCUGUGCGCGUGGCCUGGGAAGCCCUGCCCACGAAAGGCGUGGAACGGGAGUUCAUGCAAGAGAUCUUUCGCCUGGUCGAAAAGCGCCAUUCACUGAGUUUCUGGGGUAGUUCCAUGCCGGAAAUUUCGCCGAGGGCUGGUUCCCCUCCGAAAGUAGAAGGUGGAUGAGGGUACACGUCGACAUACUCAAGCGACCGGAGGAUUGGGUCAUCACGGGCAACGACUGAUCAGCGAGAUUCGCGUAGAUGACGACAGGGAACACUAGUUUGGCAGUCUUUCAAGCCCAUGCGUACAGAGAAGACAUUACGACUGAGGCCUAAGUCAUCCGGACGGCUUCU